CCCUUACCAUAGUCUCCUGGACAAGUGGGCGUGCAUUUAGGAGAAAUAUGGCGCGCUUUUGGAUCGGGGCUGUGCUAUUUACAUUCAUCAUAAAUGAAGUCACUUCAUCAUUUAACGAUCAGAUCUGCACCGUCGUAACCGAAAAUAUAGGUCUCAUUCCUCCUCUCCUCCCUACCAACUUCGCCCUGAAAGGAGAGAGAAUAAAUCAGAAAUUGAAUGAGACACAGUAUGAGGAGAUGUACUUCGAUUUCAGCAACUCUAGAGCAAAAUAUGUCGUCCAACUUAGAGGACGGGAAUACCACGCGCUUUUUGACUACCAGACGUUACAAGUAGUGAAAUACCAAAGGCGGCAUCCUGGAAGUGCCUUAAAGUACGAUCCAGAGUCUUUCAGUUGCAAAGCUAUUAAUAUGGAAGAUGACAAGGAAGUGAAUGAUUUGUUUGGAUUCCAAGAUCUUGCAAAGCCAAGGAUGUACACCUCAGAUCAAGUGCUUAGGUUUGGCGGUCCUUACCAGUAUGCUUUUGUAUCAAAUGAAAUAUUGCCUGAUCGAGGAGUCAAUGUUAAUAACUUUUAUGCAUGUAUUUAUGAUAAAACUGUCGACGCAACAAUCAAGGCAAAUUAUUCCUUUACUGGUUUUAAAGUUGCCCCAGCAGGUGGCACGCUAGAGAAAGUUGUUUCUGGAGUUGAAGGGCGUGGUCUUUUAUCAGUUCCAGUAACGAUGCGAAUGGAAGGUGUAGAGACUGAUGAAACUGGUGAUGAGCAACCUUUUGAUGAAACAAUCAGCGUUUCUUGGUUUGAAGGUGAACCAAUAUUCAAGCAGGGCACCUUUCAGAUUCCACCUUUGUUGUACUGCGACCAAUAUAGAGGACGUAAAGAUAAAAAGGAUUUCCCAGACGCCUUCAGUACUCGAAUUCAACGGAGCUCGUUUGCCAUUGACUCGUACGGAAACCUUACAGCGAACGAGACCACAACCUUUGAGCAGAUUCACUACUACCUGGAGAAAAAGCUUGCACGCCGAGAUUACACACCAACAAAAGGUGAUAAAUCAAAAGCCUUCGAAAACUUCCAAAGUUUGGACACAAUCAAGACUGUGUGGGACUUCAAUGAAGGUCUUGUAUACACCACCCAUAAACCAACAGGAAAGUGUUUCAUCGAACCAAUCAAACCAAAAACAUUUUUUGACAAAUCAGUAGGGGAUCUAUUCAUCAAAAUGGCAUCUCCAGAACAGGUUUUUGAGAUGGAAAGCAACAACACAGAGUAUAAAGGAACGGACUUUGUGAGGGAUGUUGAGUGUGAUGUUUGGACAGGAAAGCAAUUUGACACAGAAAAUAAUGUGACGCUUAUAAAGGAGACUUACUGGUCCACGAAUGGCUGGCACGAAGAAGUGGAAGAGCUGGUAAGGUACGGAACUCCUCUACAACAUGCCGUGGUAACCGCAGAUUACGUAAGCGCAUGUUGCUUUUUAUCGUCUGCAUCAGAAAGUUUGGAGGACCGCAUGCAGUCCACGAGUUGCAGGUUGAGCAUUGCUGCUUCGGCUGGGGAAAAGGUACAAGGUAUUGAUAUGAUUAGUUUCCUCAAGUUCAAAGCAAAGCCACCUCGUCUGAUGUUAUUUGACAUUAGCAACUGCAUCGAGAUGGAAGAGCACCAACAUUUAGCCAUAGAUCUUAGUCUUUCUGACGAGAACAAGAAGCUGCUUUUUGACUACAAGUUUCAAUUUUUAGAAACGGCUCAAUAUUAUCUUACUGGUGUUUCCCAAGUUGUAACACCUCUGAGAGUUCAGAAGCUACAGCUACGAAGAUUAUCCAAAGAAAAUCCCAAAAUAUUCCUGGUAUUUAUUCUGGUUGGAAAAAUCAAUCUCAAAGAUAAUUUGGUCGUAGGCCAAAGUGGGGCUUCGCUUCAAGAAGCCAUCCACAACCUUCAAAGACUGAUUGAUCAAUAUGGAUUUGCCAUACAGUUUGUGCAUCCGUCGUCUGAAGAAGGCAAAGUAACAGAGACGACAUUGAUAACUGCUGAGCCAUCGAGCUUGUAUAACCUAACCUCCGAUGGGACUCUCCAAGGACCCAUCAAAAUAAAGGAACCCGAAAAGACCCACGAACAGCUUCUCAACGUUUAUGUAAAUCCAACAGUUCUGUUUGAUGAUGAUGAUGCUUAUGAAGAUGAAGAUGUAACAUGGGUAAGAGGGAUGAAGCCUGGUGGGCUUGCAGCUUUAUCGAUCUCUAUGCUCUUUAUUGGUGUUGGAAUCGGAAUCGCUGUCAUGUAUCUGUAUUUAAGAAAAUUCGGCCCGGGUACGGUACAAGACAGAAUUACAAUGACUACUCGCCCGACAACAUCCAUCUAGAAUUGUUCAUUAAAAAAAAAAAAAUUCAUUCAAAUGAAAUGGAACUGUGUACAUAACUGCUGAAAAAACUGUAUGUAUUUCUGUGGGGAAUUUCCUGUUUUGGACGCGUUUGGAUAAAUAUGUUCAUGCAUAACUAUAUCGAUCUGCAUAAAUAUGAAUUAUAUGCAUCAACAUAAAUGUGCUUGUGAAAAAAACAUGCAAUGUGA